AUGCACACUCUCUUAAUGAUGUACUUGACGGUGGACAGACUCAUUCCAGCUAACAAUGAAAUAUAUAUCUUUAUUGAAAAAGUAGAAUAUGGUAUCAGCCUAUUACAGUUUGCCUUGAUGUUUAAAUAUCCAAAGAAAGCUGGAGACUUUGUUGUAGAAUUACAAAUACUUUUUGACUCUUUUUAUUUGUCUAAUGAUGAUCAGCGCAUAUUAAGUUAUAAAAGCAGCAAAAGAUGUUUAAAAGGAGCUUCACAUGUACUUGUAUUACAGUACACAUUUUAUCAAGAUCUAUUUAACAGAGUCUCAACUUGGAUAGGAUACCUUCUUGUGAAAAUACUUUCAAGUGAAGCCGCUACAAAGCCGACUUUCCAAAUAUAUUAUACCUCAAACUCACUCAAAAGACUUACUUGGAUUAUACAAUUAAACAAUACCAAAUUAGCUGGAGAUAAAAUCACUCUGGAGCAAAACACUACUGUCUAUAUCGUCUUGUACACAAUAUCAAUGUGUAGAAAGCUCAGUCGUGAUCAACGUACCUAA